AUGCCUAUCCUAAUCACCUAUGCGACCUCCUACGGCUCAACAGGGGAAAUAGCAGACCGCAUAGCCUCACGACUGCAUGUCCAUGGCUUUGCUGUUCACUGUCGACCGGUCGACCACGUUUUUAGCGUCGAGAACUACAGCGCCAUCAUCCUGGGUAGUGCCAUGCGCGGUACAAAGUGGCUUUUUGAUGCACAAAAGUUUCUUGACGUCGAAGCCAUGGGGCUGCAAAUGAAGCCCACCUGGACAUUCAGUGUUGGCAUGACGCCUGCGGUUAAGGGUCCCAAGUGGGCCACAAAUAAAGCUGUGAGCCGAGAGUCUCUGCUGAUGGAACGUACGAUAUCGAGGAAGAUGCCGAAAGUCAGAGGUCACCGUCUGUUCAUCGGAAAGGAUGCAGCUUCAAGAAUCCCUGGGCCUAUAAGGUCUUUAUCGACCUGUGUCGGUGGACGGUCUAGAGACCAUCGAGAUUGGGAUGAGGUUGACGCAUGGGCGGAUGCGAUCGCGACCGAGUUGAAAUUGGAAGGCAUAUAG